AUGAUUCCCGAAAUCACCGCCAAGUAUGACUGGAUCCUGGCCAUCACCUCGAUCGCCUUUGUCUUCAGUGCCUUCGGAAACGGUGCCAACGAUGUGUCCAACUCGUAUGCCACCUCGGUUGCGGCUCGCACCUUGACCGUCUGGCAGGCGGGUAUCCUGGCCGUCAUCACCGAGUUCGUCGGUGCGGUGGCCCUGGGAGACCGUGUCACCAGUACCAUCAAGUCCAGCAUCAUCACCCCCGAUCGCUUUAUGGGGAAGCCCGGCACUUUCAUGCUGGCCAUGGGAUGUGCCGAGGUCGGCAGUGCCUUCUGGUUGAUGUUCGCCACCAGCAAGGGAAUGCCCGUGUCGACGACGCAGACCGUCGUCGGUGCCCUCAUUGGUGUUGGUUUCGCCUCUCAGGCAGACAUCACUUGGGCCUGGAAAAAGGGCAGUGUUUCCCAAACCGCCGCCUCUUGGGGAAUCGCUCCCGGUAUUGCCGCCUGCUUCUCGGCCCUCAUCUUCGGCAUUCUCAAGUACUCGGUUUUGGAGCGCAAGGACCCGUUCAAAUGGGCCAUGCGCCUCAUUCCCGUCUAUCUUUCCGUCACCGGUGCCAUUCUCGCCCUCUUCAUCGUCGUUGAGGCCCCAACCGCGCCCUCUCUGGAAGAGUUUGGAGCCGGAAAGGCCGCCGGUAUCAUCCUGGGUGUCUUCGGUGGAUGUCUCCUCAUCUCGGUCGUCUUUUUCAUGCCCUACUUCCGCCGCCGCCUUAUCAUGCAGGACAGCCGGAUCCGCUUCUACCACCUCCCCUUGGGCCCCUGGCUCCUGAAGGAGAACUGCCCGAUCUACUUCCCCGCAAAGGGAGAAACGGUCGUGACCAACUACUACGAAGACGCCUUUGGGGAGGUCCGCGCCGGCGAGGGCGCUGCGGAGAAGAACCCGUCGCCCGAACUCCCUCACGACAGCAAAGAGCCCACGGAUCUCGAGCGCAUCGCCGAUUCGGUCCAGUCGAGCCCCGAAAUCAAGCCCCGCAAGCGCAUCGUCCAGCCGGAGGAGCGUUUCCUCGACCCGGUCAAGGACCUCUCCUGGUUCCACCCUAUGAAGUACUGGGGCUGGACCAAGUUCAUCCUGCUCCAGGGUGUCACGCGCGAUGUCAUCUCCCACGACUCGGAAAAGCUCCGUGACAUCCACUCUCGUGCCCGCCGCUAUGACGUCCGCGUCGAGCAUCUCUGGACCUACUGCCAAGUGGUCUCCGCCAUGAUGAUGUCGAUCGCGCACGGUUCCAACGAUGUCGCCAACGCCGUCGGUCCCUGGGCUGGUUCCUAUGCGACCUACAAGUCUGGUGCCGUCAACACCAAGGCCGAUACUCCCGUAUGGUUCCUGGUCAUUGCGGGUCUGCUGCUCGGUGCUGGCUUCUGGUUCUACGGUUACCACGUGCUGCGCUCCCUCGGAAACAAGAUCACCCAGAUGUCGCCCACCCGUGGCUUUGCCACAGAGUUGGGCGCGGCCAUCACGGUUCUGCUCGCCUCGCGCCUGGGUCUACCCGUCUCGACCACCCAGUGCCUGACUGGUGCCGCGAUGGGUGUUGCGCUGAUGAACUAUGACCUGAAGGCCGUCAACUGGAUGCAGCUGCUGUACAUUUUCUCUGGUUGGGUGUUGACUCUUCCCUGUGCUGCAUUGAUUUCCGGCUUGAUCUGCCUGAUGGCCUUGAAUGCCCCCCAUUUCUAA